AUGACCUGUGAACUAGUGACAUUCAGGGAUGUGGCCAUCGACUUCUCUCAGCAGGAGUGGGAAUACCUGGACUCUAUUCAGAGGGACUUGUACAGGGAUGUGAUGUUGGAGAACUAUAGGAACCUGGUCUCACUGGCAGGACAUUCCAUUUCUAAGCCAGACGUGGUUGACUUAUUGGAACAAGGAAAAGAGCCCUGGAUGAUUCUGAGGGAAGAAACACAAAGGUGGUACACAGAUUUGGAUUUACAGUAUGAGAUAAUCAGCUAUGUAGAAAUGCCCACAUAUGAAAAAAACGCAUCUUCUACACGACGUGAGAACAUAAGUAACAGAGAGAAACUCUAUGAGUGUAAGAAAUGUCAGAAGAACUUUCGUAGUGGCUAUCAACUUACUCUACAUCAAAGAUUUCAUACUGGUGAGAAACCCUAUGAAUGUAGAGAAUGUGGGAAGACCUUUAAAAGUGGCUAUCAACUUACUGUACAUCAGAGAUUUCAUACUGGUGAGAAAACCUAUGAAUGUAGGGAAUGUGGGAAGGCCUUUAUUUAUGCCUCGCACAUUGUUCAACACGAGAGAAUUCACACUGGUGGGAAGCCUUAUGAAUGUCUGGAAUGUGGGAAGGCCUUUAGUCAAGGUGGACACCUUAGAAUUCAUCAGAGAACUCAUACUGGUGAAAAACCCUAUAUAUGUGAGGAAUGUGGGAAGGCUUUUAGUAGGCGCUCAAAUCUUGUUGAACAUGGGCAAAUUCAUACUGGUGAGAAACCAUACGUGUGUGAGAAAUGUGGAAAGUCCUUUAGAAGAGGUCAUCAACUUAGUGUACAUCGAAGUGUUCAUACUGGUAAAAAGCCAUAUGAAUGCAAAGAAUGUGGGAAGGGCUACACCACUGCCUCAUACCUUAUUCUGCAUCAGAGAAUUCAUAAAGGUGGGAAACCAUAUGAAUGUAAGGAGUGUAAAAAAACCUUUACUUUAUAUAGAAAUCUUACUCGACAUCAGAAUAUUCAUACUGGUGAGAAACUUUAUGAAUGUAGGCAGUGUGGGAAGGCCUAUACUACUGGUUCAAAACUUGUUCAACAUCAGAAAACUCAUACUGGUGAAAAACCCUAUGAAUGUAAGGAAUGUGGAAAGGCCUUUAGCUUGUAUGGAUACCUUAAUCAACAUCAGAAAAUUCAUAUUGGUGUGAAAUGCUUUGAAUGUAAGGAGUGUAAGAAAACCUUUACUUUGUAUAGAAAUCUUACUCGACACCAAAGUAUUCAUACUGGCAAGAAACUUUUUGAAUGUCAGGAAUGUGGGAAGGUCUAUAGUACUGGCUCAAACCUUGUUCAACAUCAGAAAACUCAUACUGGUGAGAAACCCUUUGAAUGUAAGGAAUGUGGAAAGACUUUUAGCUUGCAUGGAUAUCUCAAUCAACAUCAGAAAAUUCAUACUGGUGUGAAACCCUAUGAAUGUAAAGUAUGUAGUAAAACUUUUACUUUCUAUAGGAAUCUUACUCUACAUCAAAGUAUUCAUACUGAUGAGAAACCUUUUGAAUGUAAGGAUUGUGGGAAGGCUUUCAGACGUAGUUCACACCUUACUGCACAUCAGAGUAUUCAUGCUGAUAAAAAACCUUAUGAAUGUAAAGAAUGUGGGAAGGCCUUUAAAAUGUAUGGAUACCUUACGCAACAUCAGAAAAUUCACACUGGUGGAAAACCUUAUGAAUGUAAGGAAUGUGGGAAAGCCUUUAGUCGUGCUUCAAACCUUGUUCAACAUGAGAGAAUUCAUACUGGUGAGAAACCCUAUGUGUGUAAGCAGUGUGGGAAGUCCUUCAGAUAUGGUUCAGCCCUUAAAGCACAUCAGGGAAUUCAUAUGAGUAUAAAAGUCUAAGAACAUAAGGAAUGCGAGAAUGCCUUUAGGCAUGGCCAAACUUUUUCAACAGCAGACAAUUCACAUUGGUGAGAAAUUAUUGAAUAUUAGUCACACAGGUAUUUAUAAUGCAGUUAUGAAUUAGAAAGCAUUCAAUGUCAGCCCUGUUUCAAUGGAAAUUCUGAUUAUUGAAUGGAAAAUUAA